AAUAGCUAAAAUUGCUCCAACUUUAGCUCCAAAACAGCCUCAUAGGCUUCUUGAAGAGAAGUUUAUUUCUCUCUUAAAAUCAUGUAAGACCUUAAAACAUCUCUUCCAAAUUCAAACCAAAAUUUUAACUCAGGGCUUUGACCAAAACCAAUACAUAACUCCGAGUUUUGUGACCGCAUGUGCUCAGCUGAAGCAAAUGGGUAUUGCCCAGAAAGUGUUUGAUAAAAUUCCUGAACGAAACACAGCCCUAUGGAAUUCAUUGAUUAAAGGCUAUGCGCAGAAUGGGUUUUAUGAAAAAGUUAUAUUCUUGUUCAGUCAAAUGAAAAGCAUGGGUUUUUCAUUACCCAAUGGCUUUACUUUUCCUAUUGUUCUUAAAUGUUGUUUCAAGUGUAAUGCAUUGAGAGAAGGUGCGGAAGUGCAUUGCGUUGUGAUAAAAAGUGGUUUUAGAGGAAACCCUUUUGUUGGAACUACGUUAAUCGAGAUGUAUUCAGGUUGGAGAAUGACAGCAGCAGCUUAUAUAGUGUUCAGUGAAAUGGUUGACCGGAAUGUUGUCGCUUGGACUUCAAUGAUUAACGGGUUUAUUCUAAGUCAUGAUUUAGUCAAGGCACGGUUUCUUUUUGAGCUGGCGCCGGAGCGUGAUAUUGUGUUGUGGAAUACUAUUGUUUCGGGUUAUAUUGAGAUAGGGGAUAUGGUGGAAGCAAGGAAUCUUUUUGAUCAGAUGCUGAAAAAGGAUGUAAUGGCAUGGAAUACAAUAUUGCAUGGUUACGCGAUUAAUAGGGAUGUUGCGGCUUGUGAGAGGUUUUUUGAAGAGAUGCCUGAGCGGAAUGUUUUUUCAUGGAAUGGAUUAAUUGGGGGGUAUGCAAGAAAUGAGUGUUUCGUGGAGGUUUUGGAUACAUUCAAGAGGAUGCUAAUUGAUGGUAAUGUUCUUCCUAAUGAUGCUACGCUUGUGACAGUAUUGUCUGCAUGUGCGAAAUUAGGAGCUUUGGAUUUGGGGAAAUGGGUCCAUGUAUAUGCAGAGAAUAAUGGAUAUAAAGGAAAUGUUUAUGUUGGGAAUGCUUUAAUUGAUUUGUAUGCAAAGUGUGGGAUGAUAAAAAAUGCAGUGGAUAUGUUCAAGAGCAUGGAUAAGAAGGAUUUGAUAAGUUGGAACACAAUAAUUGGGGGCUUAGCAAUGCAUGGGCAUGGAGCUGAUGCUUUAGAUUUGUUUUGUCAAAUGAAGAAUGGUGGAAUGAAUCCAGAUGGAAUUACCUUCAUAGGUGUUUUGUGUGCUUGUACACAUAUGGGUUUAGUUGAAGAUGGCAUUUCAUAUUUCCUGUCAAUGGUAGAUGAUUAUUCAAUUCAGCCUCAGAUUGAGCAUUAUGGUUGUAUGGUUGAUCUGCUAGCCCGAGCUGGUCUUUUACCACAGGCUCUGGAUUUUGUGAAGAAGAUGCCUAUGGAAGCAGAUGCUGUUAUUUGGGCUGCCUUACUUGGAGCAUGUCGGGUUUAUAAAAAUGUUGAAUUUGCCGAGCUUGCUCUCGAACACCUCAUUACACUUGAGCCAAAAAACCCUGUAAAUUUUGUCAUGCUUGCUAACAUAUAUGGGGAUCUUGGUAGAUGGAAAGAUGUGGCAAGAUUAAAAGUUGCAAUGCGAGAUACUGGGCGCAAAAAAUUGCCAGGAUGUAGCUUGAUUGAGGUUAAUGAUGGUGUGGUUGAGUUUUAUUCCCUAGAUGAGAGGCAUCCUGAAACAAAGGAAAUAUAUGGAGCCUUGAGGGGAUUGACAAAACUGUUGAGAUCAUGUGGGUAUAUACCGGAUCUUCAAGAGCUCGGGCAGGGGGGUUGAGGUGAAAAAAAAUGCUGCUGAAUCUAGGAGAGAGUCAUUGGUCAGGAUGACAUGUCUCAAGUGGUUGAGUUUUACUGUCAUCCCUUUUCGACCUGUGACAUGUCUCAAGUGGUGUUCUUGAACUUGUGAUUGUUAAAAAUUCACGAGCAGCAGUUGAAGAGGUUCUAGAAUCUGGACUAAAUUGCUUUGUGCUUAGGCUGACAUCCCUUGCCAUGCGAGUAUUGUGUAAGGAAAAUUCCGAGUACUUUUUCAAUUCCAAAGGAUGUUAAACAUGAAGCUGACAGUCAUAUUUGUUUCC